AACGAGGACUCAAGAACAACGCCCAGUGCGUUGCGCUCCAAGUUGUGGCAUUCGGGCUCGACGAUUUAUUACUGUCAGGAGCACCGCGAUGACAGGGACUGUUAUGCCAGCCAAGAAGAUGGAUGGCCCGAAGCUUUGGUCUGACAUCAUCAAACAAGUUGCGCUGGCUGGGCUGUUUGCGGACUCUAAGCAUUUCGUCGAUUGCCCUGCUGUGCGACCAUGGGACGAAAUGGCCGCCGACUGGGAAGUCCUCAAGGCGUCAGGACUAACAACGGAGAGCUUGCGGAAGUUCGUAUCUGACAACUUUGGCGAUCCCGGAAGUGACUUAAAACCGGUUAUCCCAGCUGGGUGGAGCGAAAAUCCGCCAAGCUGGAUGAGCAACGUUCGUGACCCCGAGCUGCGCGAGUUGGGCACCGCUGUGCACGGCCUCUGGAAGACGCUUUGCCGCCAGGUGUCUUCCUCUGUGCUUGACAACACAGACAGGCAUACACUACUGCCGCUUCCUUACCCCUUCAUCGUCCCUGGAGACCGCUUCCGCGAAUGCUACAACUGGGACUCGUACUGGGUCAUCCGUGGCCUGGUUGCGUGCAACAUGGUGCCCGCCGCUGAGCAACUGGUGCGCAACCUUUUGAGCCUGGUGGACCGCUGGGGCUUUGUGCCCAACGGCGCCCGCUCGUACUACACCAACCGCAGCCAGCCGCCACUCCUCAGCGCCAUGGUGCUCGCCGUCUGGGAUGCUAGCGGUGACAACGGGCUCCUGGCGGAUGCCCUGCCUCGGCUGGUUGCGCAGCACACCUACUGGACCAGCGGGAACAAGGCUGUCCGAGUCCGAGCUGCGAGUGGGUGCCAGGGCGGCGCGGACGGUGCGGCGCCGGGGUUGGCAGCAGCUGCCGGCGUUGGCAGUACGGCGGAUGUAGAUGACUGUGAAGUCUUCGAGUUGAGCCGUUAUCACGCCGAGCUGUACGAGCCACGCCCCGAGAGCCUAAGGGAGGAUAUCCACCUGGCCGCCAGCGCUGGCCUUGAAGGAGACCAGGCUGCUCAGCUAUACUGCGACAUCGCAAGCGCUGCUGAGUCUGGCUGGGAUUUCAGCACUCGUUGGUACGUGGGAGGCAGCUCUCUGGAGUUCACGCGCACCACACAGGUCAUCCCCGCUGACCUCAAUGCAUGGCUGUACCGCACUGAGCGUGACAUCGCAGCCAUUGCCGCACACCUGGGCGACCUGCAGCUUCGGGACACGUACACCGCCGCGGCAGCCCGCCGAAGACACGCUAUGGAUGCGCUGAUGUGGAACACCGUGGACGGCUGCUGGCACGACUUGCUGCUGCAACAGCCGCAACCCGAUUCGGCCGUCGUCAACACCUCUUCCGAAUCCCGGCCGCCGUGCUCGACAGCUACCACGGUGUACGACGCGGAGCAGCGGUCUGGCGUGUACGCCUCCAACUGGGUGCCGCUCUGGUGUGGCUGCGCCGCAAGCGGUAGCGCCCAAGCUGCGGCAGCCGUGGCCGGGCUGCAGGCUUCGGGACUCAUCCAGGGUGGCGGUCUCCUAACAUCGACCUACCCGUCUGGGCAACAGUGGGACGCCCCGAACGCCUGGCCUCCGCUUGUACACAUGGCCAUCGAGGCCCUGUCGGAGGCGCAGGUGCCCGGGGCGGAAUCCGCAGCGGCGGAGCUCGCUGACCGGUGGAUGCGUGCGAACCUCGUUGCGUGGCAUGCAACAGGUGCGAUGCACGAGAAGUACGACGGCUACAAGAUGGGCGGCGUUGGCGGUGGCGGCGAGUACGAGCCGCAGGUCGGGUUUGGCUGGAGCAACGGCGUGCUGUUGACGCUCCUGCAGCGGUAUGGCCAAGGCGACAAGACUUCUACCUCGUGAUCACCUUUGCGCGGCUUCUUCUAGCAGGAAAUAACAUUAUUGAUUAUACUAUAGACUUACGACGUGCGCAUAAUGAGUGAGGUAUAUACCCACUUGAUGUAUUUAAUUGACCCAUGUGAUAGUCUGACCUAGUACCGUGGAGGCGUACGGUUGUGGAGAAACUGACUGACCGGUUGCACACGCAUACCAUC